AUGUUUUGGAUAUACGGUUGUAUGGAAAAGUUCAAGGUGGCAGAAAACGGACUCCACACCAUGCAUACCUUUUUCACGAUCCUUGCCUGGAGUUUCUUGUGGCUAAGCCGGGGGCAGUGGCCUGAUGCAGAUUGGAAUGGCAAAAAGUACCCCAAAGGGUCGCCGGAGCAGAAAAAGGCAUUGAAACCCUUGGCCGGCGGAUUUUAUUGUCUCCUGUUCUGCUUGAUCGGUGACCUUGAUUACUUCGCUGGUGUCCUGAAUCUGCCCCACUUCAGCUCGGCAACGAAUCCCUGUCCACUAUGCAGGGCCACGGGCAGCGGCGAAAACACGUGGGCGAACUUUAACUCUGACGCACCGUGGCGAUCUACGGUAUGGACACCUAGUGCCUGGCGAGCAUGGGGUGGGCGAUCGAAAUCACCACUGUUCCGUCUUCCCGGGACGUCCUGUCAUACCGUCUCUCUUGAUUACCUCCACACGAAAUACCUGGGGACGGACCAGUGGUUGUUCGGAUCCAUUCUGUGGCUUUUGACCCAUGUGAUCCUCAGUGCCAGCCCUCUGAACAACCUCAAGGAUAUCUGGAGAAGGAUUGAACGGUAUUACAAGCAGAGCAAGACACCAGCAAGCAGGCGAUACCGAUCUCUGGGCAAAUUGAGCAUGUUUGUUCGGAAAACAGGCUACCCCAAACUCAGGGGCAAAGGUUAUGAGCUCAAGAACUUCGGCAGGGCACUUCUCCAUGUAUGGGAGCAGUGUAUGAAGCCACACAUCCAGACUCACCAGCAGAUCUUGCUCAUGCUCCAGAUGAAUGUCAAGAUGGAAGACCUCUUGAGCGAGCACAAAACACUUUGGGUGUUGCCGGAAGCGGCAGCUCGGGAAUUCCGGGAGUCUGCCAGGGCCAUGUUGUUGGUGUAUAAUGCCGUUGCAAGACACUUCGCAGAGGAAGGCCUUCAGCUCUUUGAUAUCACCAGCAAGUUCCACUUGCUGCAGCACAUCACAGACCAUGCCGAUUGUGUGUCCCCCCGCCUGGUAUGGUGCUUUUCGGGAGAAGACCUCAUGAGACACAUGCAGCAUCUCGCACAAUCGUGCAGUAGAGGCGUCAAGCCGGUGACUGUGGUCAACAAAAUGGCCAGAAAGUACCGCCUGGCGAUGCACCUGCAGCUCACGAAGCCUUGA